AUGGCUGUUUCCAAGAAGCAAGAGAACGGAGUGACACAAGAGAUUGUUGAUGAAGGUGAAGAAAUGACAGUAGAACAGUUGGUGGAACGGUUUGACAGGUAUUAUCAUAAAGUUGUGUCGAACAAAAGAGAAUAUCAACAGAAAUUCUAUCAGCAUCUGAUGGAUUUCCUUAUCAAAGUGAAGAAUACGAGUGUAAGUUCUUAGGUUUUUUUUGUUUUUAGAUACAAGUUGGUGUUGGUUAAAGUAAAGUGAACACUUUGUUGUUUUAGUACGAAGCAGUGGAAAUCAUAGUACCUAAAAUUGAUGUCAAGUUCUUGAGCGAGCUUUUGAUUAAAUAUAAGGCGACACAGAACGAUGUGGACACUACAAUAUUCAAUAUUCUCACUUUUUUGGAAAAAAAUCUUCAUGUUGGUUUGAGGUAAGACGAUAUGUCGUGUAUUAAUGGAUUAUCAGGUGCACCUUGAAGCUAUAUGAUUAGAAUAAGGUUAUGAAGCCAAAAUAUCGUCUUUUUAAUAAGUAUCUUUUAUAAUUGUCUAUUUUUAGGGCCGUAUCUCCAUUGGUAUUCUCGGAGAAGAGUCGUCCUUAUUAUGCUAAUUUAAUACAAUUUGGACGAUCUUUAAGCAGUGUUUUAAAGCCAGAUCAGGUAAGUAACUGUCCUAUUAACUUACUUAUUUUAUGUUUAGAUAUUGAACUUUAUAAACCCUGAAGUUCUGAAGAAAACGGCGUUUUCAAUGGUUUAUACUGAAUAUAGAGGGGAACGAGCACCAGAUAUGUAUGACCCACGGUUUAUGCUACUCUUGUUUUUGAAUAUGGUGCAGCCUGGUAGUGAUGUAGGUCUCAACAUACUUUUUUAAAUGUUUUGUAGAGAAAAGAAGCUCAUCUUUACUUGUUUCGCCUUUCGAAUAUCAAUCAUAUGAGAUUUUAUACUUUUUUAUCCUUUUAAAGAAUUUUCAAGUACAUGUAAAACAACUUUUAAUAACGUAGUGUUUUUCCAGUUGUCAGCCAAAAGAUUUAUCACAUCGAAUUGUUUGCACUUUUGUUUUUCUGCUCUGAGCUUACAAACAGAUGAGUAUCGUGCACUAGGCUACAGAGUAAUUAACGAUUUUACAAAACAUUUGAAUGAUCUGAGCGCUGAAACUUUUCCUCAAAAGGCACUGUUCAUCUAUCUUCUAAAGCUGUUCAAGAACAGUGUGACACAAAUUAACGAACGAGUCAUGUCACGUAAGUUAACAUACAUAGUAAACGUAUUCUAAUUAAUAUUUUAUUGUCUUUUUUUAGUGUUGAUACGUCAUUGCUGGGCGAUGUACUACAAAAUUAACAAUUUCUAGCAUAUUUUCAUUGAAGCUUUUUUCAGCACUAACCAGGUUCUUUUGUGAAGUCUUUGAUGUUACAUUAGACCCUUUGGAUCCAAUGUUCAAAGGAGUAUGGGCCUCCUUAACCAUGAAGCCGGCUAUCGAGUUGAACAAGCUUCCCGAGUUCAAGAAGUUCUUCUUCUCAACCGCUUCUGUAGCUUUUUCAAAAGAACGAAGUUGGGUCUUGGACAUAGCAGUGUCUUCGUUGGAAUGUCCUCAAGAUUACAUGGCUGUGAGGAAUACCUAUGUGGCAGAGACCCUAAUGGCUGCAUUCACAUCUUGUAUGAUUCACAAGGGAAACAAACUGAGUAUUCUCAAGUUCUUUAAGGCUUGCUUACGGUAUCCGGUGGUCACAAAAGAUAUUACUCUACGAUGUAACUUACCUACUUGGAUUUCUUAUGUCAUCAAAGUAAGUUUCGAAUUAUUGAUUGUUAGUGCAAUGUUUUUAUUGCCGUAAGAGCGUAUCACGGUAGGAGCGAUAUUUAUACUAUAUUUACUCUUUUAGCACCGUACUACCACAAGAUUCGAGCAAAUCUUCUUAACCCAAAUCUUUGUUCACAAUAUCAGGAUAGCUUUGGAAUACAAGUCAGUCUACGAAGACGUACUACUCAGACGAACAUUCAAGUCAGCUGCUGAGAAGGUACAGUUUCAAAAAAGUCCACUUCUCGUUUCGAAGCUACACUUUGGACUGAUAUAGCAAGAAAACACUGCAAAAUACAGAAUUUGUAGUAGUUUAUCAUGUUCUUUUAAUAUUAAUCGAUCUUCAGGUUUCCGAAAGCAUCAACUCUGUAGACGAUCACGGAAAAGCCAAGUUUUCAGAAGCCUUGAGCAAGUUUUUGGAGACCGGAGAGAUGGUUUUUAAUGAGAAAGUCGAAGAUGAUGAUAAACCAGAACUAGAAACAUACGCCAAAGCAGAAAAGAAAAAAAGUCGAAGAACAGAACGGUGUGGAAACACCUGA